GACACACAGCAACCCUUCUCAUGUACUAGAUGAACGCAUUCUUCUCAUUCUCUGAAAGCUCACCGUAUGUGUAUAUACGUAUAUACAAAUAAUUAUACGGCAAAGCUUCUUAGGAAUUGAGUAAGUACCCCGUUUUGCCCCUCUCUGUUUGUAUCAAUGAGUCGAUGGGGCUAGGCUAGGCAUUAAAUACCAGUAACUGAAAUGGAGGGAAAGGCGCGUUUGUGUGCUAUAUUAUUGUUUAUUUCUUCUUAUAAUCAUUCACCCAUUGAUAAAAUGGAGAAUGGAUUGAAAAAUCAUAGACUGGGUUUGCGUUUAUUCACUGUUUGAUGAACGUUCUGCAUACUAGCCAGGGUUCUGUGAAGCCUUCUCUAAUGGCGGACAAACACCCGAACGACUUCUAUUCGCAUAAACUCCCUUCCGCUUCGCAGGUAGUAGAAGAACUUAAAGAGCUAUGGGGCAUGGCGUUGCCAAUAACGGCGAUGAACUGCCUGGUGUACGUCCGCGCCGCCGUAUCGGUCCUGUUUCUGGGGCGGCUGGGGAGCUUAGAGCUGGCGGGCGGCGCCCUGUCAAUCGGGUUCACCAACAUAACAGGGUACUCUGUUAUGGUGGGUCUGGCGUCGGGACUGGAGCCGGUGUGCAGCCAGGCGUACGGCAGCAAGAACUGGGAGCUGCUGUUCCUGUCGCUGCAGCGGAUGAUCCUCAUACUGCUUAUGGCAACGGUGCCCAUAAGCCUGCUGUGGCUGAACAUGGAGAAUAUCAUGGGGGCGAUGGGACAGGACAGGGACAUCACCGCAAUGGCCGCCACCUAUUGCCUCUACUCGCUGCCGGACCUGCUGACCAACACGCUGUUGCAGCCGCUGCGGGUGUACCUGAGGUCGCAGCGGGUGACAAAGCCCAUGAUGUACUGCUCGCUGGUGGCAGUGGCGCUGCACGUGCCGCUGAACGCAGUGAUGGUGGGGGUGAUGGGGAUGGGGGUGGCGGGGGUGGCCACGGCGGCGGUACUCACCAACCUCAACAUGGUGGUGCUGAUGAUGGGGUAUGUGGUGUUGUACGGGAGGAGGCAGGCGGAGAGCAGCAGGGAGCACUGGUGGAGGUACUUGAGGGUGGACGGCGGAGUGUGGGCACUGAUGAGGGUGGCGGUGCCCAGCUGCUUGGGGAUAUGCCUAGAGUGGUGGUGGUACGAGAUCGUGACGGUGCUGGCCGGGUACCUGCCCAAUCCCAGGCUGGCGGUGGCGGCAACCGGCAUACUCAUUCAGACCACCAGCCUCAUGUACACCGUGCCCAUGGCCUUGGCUGGCUGCGUCUCUGCCAGGGUAGGGAAUGAGCUUGGGGCAGGGAAGCCCUACAAGGCCAGGCUAGCAGCAAUGGUGGCCCUGGGCUGUGCUGUUGUGAUUGGGGUGAUGAAUGUGGCGUGGACAGUGAUUUUCAGGGAGAGAUGGGCUGGGCUGUUCACCAAGGAUGAGGCUGUCAAGGCCUUGGUUGCAUCAGUCAUGCCGCUCAUGGGGCUUUGUGAGCUUGGAAACUGCCCCCAGACCACCGGCUGCGGCAUCCUCCGUGGGACCGCCAGGCCAGCUGUGGGCGCCCGCAUCAAUCUCGGGUCAUUUUACAUGGUCGGUACUCCCAUUGCCGUGGGCUUGGCCUUCUGGCUCAAGAUUGGCUUCAGCGGGCUGUGGUUUGGGCUGCUGUCGGCCCAAGUUGCCUGCGCCAUCUCCAUCCUGUACGUGGUGUUGGUGCGCACAGACUGGGAGGGCGAGGCAAUGAAAGCCAAGAAGCUUACUGGGGUGGAGAUGCGUCCAUGCAUAAAUGGAGGAAUUGAUGAGAAUGGUGAAGACAGAGAAGAGUUAUUGGUGGCUGAAAAUGAUGGCAUGGAAGAUGUUUUGUAAAACAAAAAAGAAAAAGGAAAAAAAAAAAAAAAUAGGAGAGCCGGGCAUCUUAAGGCUAGGAGGCUUUUUGGGAUUUCUUUUUUGUCUCUUAGCUGUUUCCCUGUUGCUGUUUCCCUGUUUUUUUUUUUUUUUUUUUUUUUUGGUGGAAGCUGUAAUGUUGGGGAGAGAAUGUGAUGCCCAUUGCCCAAUUCCCCAAGUGUUUAUAUAUAUCUAAUAGCGAAAGAUGCAUCCAUUCUUCCUGCUGAAAGUUGCUUU